AGGUAAGUAGGUACGAUCUGCGAUGCAGAGUGCUGUGUUGUCAGUGUAUUGUACUGUGUGAUACGGUGCUUGAGUGUGUCUAGUAUGUGCAAUGCAUCAUUAUUAGUUAUACUGUCUAUUAGUCAUGGGCAAAAAUUGUGUAAUUUCUCAUGCCAAGCCUAUUGGGGUAGUGGCUGCUAUAUCGUCUGGGAUUCAGGGCUUGUUAUGGGCUCUAUUCUACUUGGUGAUACUACUUCAGAGGUAUUGUGUUUUCUCUGUUGGAAAUGAGCAGUCACACACAUUCAAACAAUAUUUGGUGGCAUACGUGACAGACGAGAAAUGUGCAGGAGCAAAAGGUGUCGUGGGUUGUGUGGCUCUGAGUGGACCCGAAAUUCUGCUACCCUGGCUGGUAAUUGGUGUGUUCGGCCACCUUAUCCUGGCUGCAUCCUCACUGGCACUCGCUCUCGUUCUAUUAAAAUGCGGCAAGGAAACACAUUUCGCUUUUAUCAACACUUGGAUAUUUUUCGGCUUGGUCUCAUUCAUUGUUGAUGCCGGACUAACAUUUUUAUUCGCUGUGGAUUUCAUGAAACUCCAGUCCAGUACAUGUCUUGGAGAUAGAGGGAUGACAUCAAUAGCAGUUGCUGCUCUUCUCCUAAUGUCUACUCAUGGUGUGCUUCUGACUUUGGCCAAUCUUGCUUUCAUCAUAUUCUUUUUCGCAGUCUCGGUUAAAUUAUACAUAAAAUACAAAAUCAGAAAUAAAGAGAUUGAUCUGGUAUCGGAUUGGCCAUCUGCAAGCUCUGAAAAUUCACUUUUCGACUUCUACAACAACAAAACCAAGAGUGAUGUGGUCGGUAUAGUGAACCCUAUCCAGGAAUACCCAGAGUACUCAGCCAAGGGACGUUGGCCCACUCUGAGAGAGAGUGCCGAGCAAACCCGGCCUCCACUGAGAGCAUGGGAGUCAAGGAGUGACAUCGUCGAUCACAGCCAGAGAGAGCAAGAAUACAACAACAAAAAUCUCAUAAAUCAGCGGCUUGAUCAAGGGACGAGCUCGGCUAGGAUGAGAAAAUACGUCAAAGUGGAGCCAACAAUCACCAAUCACAAUAAACCUCAGGUGGUUGCUGCGCACGGGAAAGUGGAAAGAGAGAGUAGGGUGUACUCUGUUCCAACUGUACCCCCAUUACCCUCUCACAAUUCAAACCCAAACAAGGACUCCAUACGAAACUCACCCAGCUCUUUUGCGCCCAUCACACCUCCCGCCCCUCCACUUCCUUUAGGCCCCUUGAUGCACAACCCAAAAGUGAAACAGAUUUCGUCGAUGGCCGAGUUUGAGGCGUCUACCAAAUUUUUCCCGUCGUCGCCAAAAGACGACACAAUAAAAGUGGCUGAGCCGGACUACACACCACCUAUAGUGCGGAAACCCUUCGACACAGUGAGUGGCGCUCCAAGCGGCGGACCAAGGCAACAGUCUGCGGCGAUGAUGUCUCUCCAUGAAGCCAUCAAGAGUCGACCUCCGUUGAAGCCUGUUCUCAGCCGCAUGAAGUCUACUGAAUGUUAAUCAUUCAUGAGUGAGUGAAGAAACUAUACUUCUGUUUCAAACAAAAGUGGCAAUUUAUUGAUUGUGCUGAAGGUUUCUUUGAGCUUUUCAAGAAAAGCUUCUCGGUGACACAAUCAGUACGUGAAGAAGUUUUUUUUACAUCCAAUUAGCCUUAGUUGUUCGAAAUAUCUCAAAUAUUGUUAAUCAAAUACAUCUGCUGAUAAUUAUUUUGUAAGUUUUGCUAGUUUAGCAGACACAACAAGAACAAAAUGAGCAAUGAAUUUCUUGAAUAUUGUAAUAUUAGAUGAUAUGGUUAACUUAAUUUAGUAAUCUAUAAAAUGUUUAUAUUGAAAGUACAUGAGUCAACUGGUACAAAAUCCGGAAUUGAAUGGUUCAUGCGACUUCACUAUCUUCAGUUCUUCAGUGAACCCUUCAAUUUCUAUAAUAAGUGAUUGUUUGAAAUUUUGAAAAACAAUUUAAUUGUACUAUUAGUGUAGAAAAUUAUAAAAUGUUCAACUUGAAGAACCUGCUUCCCUUCCUCCAAAUCGGUAUCCAUUCCUUACUAAACCUCCAAUAAGCUCAUAAAUUUACUAGACUGUGAAUGGUAAUCUAUAUCAAACAAUAGAGAAAUAAAUCAUUCAGACUUUCUA